CCCGCUUCACACAGCAGUACAAGCUGCAGAUGUGGCAGUACAUGAGGGACCUAGAUCAAAUCAAACUCUCGAUCAAUGGCGGAGAAGAAAAAAAAUGUAAAAAGAAGAUGUCCUUGUAUGACAGCCAGGCUCCAGUCUGUCCCAUCUGCCAGGUGCUGCUCCGGCCCGGAGAGCUCCAGGAACACAUGGAGACGGAGAUAGAGAGGCUAGCUGCCGUAUGCUUCAGUAAGAACCAUUCACCCAAGGAAGGAGCAGCCACUCCGGGAACCCCGAAGUCAAUGCUGUUGUCGGUGCACAUCAAGCGUGAGGGAGAGUCUCCAGUGGUCUCGCCCAUGUCCUCUGAAGACGCCCACCACUCCGACAGAUACCAGACGUUUUUACGAGUUCGAGCAAACAGGCAAACAAGAUUGAAUGCACGUAUAGGAAAGAUGAAGAGGAGGAAGCCUGAGGAGGGCGGCCAGGUAUGUCCGCUGUGCAGCGCCCCCUUGGCUGGGAGCGAGGAAGAUAUGAGUAGACAUGUGGAACAAUGCCUGAUCCAGCGUGAGGGUACGCUAGGCGACGAUGACUCUGCAGAUGGAGAAAAUGGGCGGGGCUUUGAGGAGUACGAGUGGGCGGGGCAGAAGAGGAUCAGAGCCACAGCCUUGCUGGAAGGAGGCUUCCGAGGAACUGGUUUCGCCACGUGUAGCGUCAAGGAGAGCGCGGCAGACAGCGACGUAGACUUAGACGUGGACGGAGACGACACCUUGGAGUACGGCAAGGCGCAGUACACCGAGGCCGACAUCAUCCCCUGCUCCGGGGCCGGGGAGGACCAGGGGGAGGCCCGGGAGAGGGAGGCGCUACGGGGGGCCGUGCUCAACGGUGGGAUACCUUCUAACAGAAUAACGCCUGAAUGCUCCAAAUGGGCCAGCGACGAGAUGCCUUCAACAAGCAACGGAGAAAGCAGCAAGACAGACCCCGGCACUCCUUCAUCCUCCUGCUCUUCCUCCUGCGCCCCGCGCACCUGUAAAAACAGCGAGAUCGAAAAGGUAACAGAGGAGGACUCCACGGCUACCACCAUGGAUGCUCUGAAGGCUCGAAUCAGAGAGCUGGAGAGGCAGAUUCUGAGAGGAGACCGAUACAAGUGUCUCAUCUGCAUGGAUUCCUACACCAUGCCGCUCACCUCCAUCCAGUGCUGGCACGUCCACUGUGAAGAAUGCUGGCUCCGGACUCUGGUACGUGUGUGUACACACACACACACACACACACAAACACACACACACACUUGUCCGCACUCAAACAUACUCCUUCUCAUGACAUGCCGAUAUUGCAGCCUCAUUUCAUA